UGAGCGCUGCUCGAAUUUCCUUCAAGCGCAUUCCUCCCGUCCGCUUUGUACGACGUGCAUCGCUUCUCUACCACUCGCUGUUCCCAAGCCGUCCUUGUGGAACAAAAAUCAAGAAUGAUGUUCCGAAGUAUCCCCGUUGUCGUUCUCCUCGCCAUAGUUUGCUGCCAUGCCGAGGAGGUGCAGAGCAAGUCUAAAGUGUGUGCCAACGUGUUCUGCGGAGCGGGGAGAGAGUGCGCCGUGACCGAGAAAGGAGAGCCCAGCUGCCUGUGCAUCGAGAAAUGCAAGCCCCACAAGCGCUCGGUGUGUGGCAGUAACAGCAAGACGUACCGCAACCACUGUGAACUGCACCGGGACGCCUGCCUUACAGGACUCAAGAUCCAGGUGGCACACGAUGGACACUGCAAAGAAAAGAAGAUGGACAAGGCUGCUGCCAGUCCUGUGGUGUGCUACGUGGCGGACCGUAACGAGCUGCGCAGCCGUGUGAUCGAGUGGCUGAAGGCCGAGGUGGUGCCAGACGGCUGGUUCUCCAAGGGAUCCAACUUCUCAGACAUCCUGCUCAAGUACUUCAAGAACUAUGACAAUGGUGACUCCCAGAUGGACUCCUCUGAGCUGCUGAAGUUCAUCCAGCACAACGAGACCGCAGUGGAGGUCAAGACCUACGUGGACGAGGAGAACAACCGCCUGCUCAGGAGCCUGUGUGUGGAUGCCCUUAUAGAGCUGUCUGAUGAGAAUGCUGACUGGAAGCUGAGCUUCAAUGAGUUCCUCAACUGCCUCAGGCCCGACUACAACCCCCCUGAGAAGAAGUGCGCUCUGGAGGAUGAGUCGUAUGAGGACGGUGCUGAAACGCAGGUGGACUGCAACCGAUGUGUCUGUGCAUGCGGUAACUGGGUCUGCACCGCCAUGACCUGCGAUGAGAAGACCCCGGUUUUGGACGAGGUGGAUGCUGGUCAGGAGAUGACAGAAGAGGAGUGGUCUCGCCGUGUGGCCGAACUCAACAAACACCAGGAGACAGCAGAGAAGAUGAAGACGAGCACUAAGGAGGCCUAAACGAUUGGCAUGGGGUGAUGAUCAUGAUGAUGAUGAUGAUGUCAGCGGAGGACAGGAGAGACGUGGGUGGGACCAGCAAGACAUGGGAGAGAUAAAACUGAAAUCGCACCUCAACUGAAGCGCAAUCAGGAUGACAACUGGGCCCACGCCCUGUAACAAAGAAAUAUCACCCCAUUCAUGAUUGUUUUUUUAAUGACAAUGUUAAUUAUUAUUAUUUUUUAAUUUGUGUACUAUUCCUCUUUAUUAUAUACAUGUAUAUCUAUUCAUUUUUAUUUUCUCCUCUGGGUGUGUAUAGCAGCACAUGUAUUGAAAGUGCAUCUUUUUACCAAUGUUUAUGUUUGUACGUCCAUUUGACACUUCUGUUUCGUUUAGUGCUGUAUUAUUCGUUUGAUUGUAUCACUGCAAGCCUUGGCCUAAGGCCCCAGCACUUUGAGUAAGGGGUGGCAGUUUUCUAAACACUCGUUUUAUUUUCACUUUUGUGUGUCGUUUGUCCGCAGAAGUUCAUGUUAGGGCUUUCAGAGAGUGCAAGAGAUAGCAGCGUGAAUUGUGACACACUGAAGCGCGAAGUUGAAUGAUAGGUGCAUAGAAGGAACCAAAAAAGAGAGAAAUAACAGUGUCUUGCACAGCCUGACAUGAAUAUAGGGAAGAACAUCAUCACAUAAUUGUUAUUAUUGACAUCUUCAUUCUCUGUGUUAGCAAAGUUCUGAAUGGAGACAUAAAGGCCAUUGAAUUCACAUUUGUGGAGUCAAUACUUUACAGGCCAACUGUAGCCUAGCAACAUAUCAACAAUGUAACUCGCCAGAUGUUCCACCACGCUGUGCUUCUCACACUCCUGUUAGCCUCAUGGCAAUGGCCGCCGUUGUCAUGUGACCUAUCAUUAAGGUGCUAUGUUGAGGUUAAGCAGGUUAGGCUCUUCUUUGUUGCACGCUUUGUUCGUAUAUACAGACUUCUGAUACUGUGUGAGUAUUCACUUGGCUUUUUAUCAGGGCACUAGUAUGAACGACCCAGUCGGUACAGAACCCUCUCCUCUGCCAGGGAUGCUUUGUGUCCAUCUGGAGAAAAAAAACACUACUAGCGAAGCCAGUCAGUCAGUCAGGAAGGCUCAUAUACCAAUGCUUAUUAUUUGCUUGUUGUCGUUGUUUUGCUGUAGGCCAUUCUGUGCCAUCUUUUGGACUACUUGAGAAAUGCACUCCACCCUCCAGUCCCCCAACCCCCUCCCCCUUCUUACACACACACACACACACACACACACACACACACACACACACACACACACACACACACACACACACACACACACACACACACACACACACACACACACACACACACACACACACACACACACACCCUUCAACAUAACCCCUCACUCCCAACCUGCAUAAUGUAAAGCUGGUAUCAGGAUGGUCUCCUGUGGAUACGCCAGCACCACUUGAGUAGGGAGUGUGUAUUAGCCCAAUGGUGGACUUAGCAGUAUUAAUGCAAAAAAUCUGGUUUGUUUUUUUAUGUGUUACAUGUACUGUACUGUAUCUUAAACGUUCAAUAUAAGACAUCUGCGUUUUAUUCUCUCUUACUUUUUUACUGUUAAGUUUACUUCUAUUUGUGAAUUUCUUUUGUCUUUUUUUUCUUUUCACAAUCAACUCUAAUGCAGUCACCGUGCGCCAUGUUUGUUAGCUUCUUCUGUUUGAAAGAUCAGGCCGUUGUCAUGGGUAACAUGCAUAGCUCAUGAAACAUCCACAGUUUGUGUUUUUCUAUACCAUAGUUCCAACCAGGGGUGCAUUUCGUGAAAGCAUAGUUGCUAGCCAGUUAGCAACUUGGGUAGUUGCCAAUGGGCAUUGCAAACAACAAUGUAGCUAACAUAAUUAGGAACUAUGGUUUGGAGAAAUGCACACCUGGAUUAGCCAGGCCGUGCCCUCCUAGUCCUCCUCCUGGAUAGCCUCGUUGUUGAUUCGCAAAGGACAGUUGCAUUUUAGCUAACGAAGUAGCUAACUUUUAAAUAUAGCCCAGCAACUGUGCAAGACAAAGGACAGUACUACUCUAACACCAUAGUACAAUAGGUUCGAAAUCAACGGAAUCACAAGGAACACUUCCCUAUGGGCUAAGGAAGACACAUGAGUGCCAAAAGACCAAGAACUGCAUUUAAAGAAGGAAAAAAAAACAAAACAAAAAAACGCUUAGGCCCAAAGCCCAUCUGGGAACACAAUGAAAAGUAAACGUGCAAUGAGAAAAAGCACGACACCUUGAGAUUUUCAACUCAAAUUUGUCUGUUCUUUUUUU